AUGCCGGCGUAUCACUCUACGUUAGUUGAAUACAGUCAGUCGGUCGGCAACUUAGCUUUGUUGCCGCUACGUACCACUUACAGAGGUCCUGCACCUACAAAUCCUAAGCUAGAAUUGGAUAUUAUUGACGAAGCACUUAACUAUUUUAAGGCGAAUGUAUUCUUUAGGUUUUAUGAAAUUAAGUCUGAUGCAGAUAGAGUCCUCAUAUACUUAACUCUUUACAUUUCUGAAUGCCUGAAAAGAUUGCAAAAGUGCUCAAAUAAAAAUCAAGGCCAACAAGAAAUGUAUAUGCUAGCAAUUUCUAAGUUUGACAUUCCAGGGGAGGCAGGUUUUCCUCUGAACUCUGUAUAUGCUAAGCCUAGCAGUUCCCAAGAAGCCGACUUAAUGAGACAGUACCUACAACAAUUAAGGCAUGAAACAGGCAACAGAGUUUGUGAAAAGGUGUUUGCCACUGAAGAUGGAAAGCCCAGUAAGUGGUGGCUGUGCUUUGCUAAAAGGAAAUUCAUGGAUAAAUCCCUUUCUGGGCCGGGUCAA